CGCCGCAGCACAUUGGAGACAAAGUCACAACAGUUGAUUGUCAGGCCUGAUAGACAUGAUCAGUGAGCGUUAUAAAUAUUACAAUCAUUAGCUCGUGCGUUCGCUUUUUAUGAUCAAAUGUGCAUAAUUUAUAAACGUAUGUAUUCACAGUUAUUCAGCAAACAGCUGUUUUUCUUGCCUUUCUCUUUGCAGCAAUUCCAACUUCAACCAAUGAGCGCCUCUUGCGUUGAGUGCGCACUCAAUGUGCAUUGAGUACCUGCACUUUGAGUGGUUUUUACCUUUAAGUGGAGCUGGUGGGGAGGGGGAGACACCUACAGACUGUAAAUUUCGCUUCUGUGGCGAUGGCGAUUGUCCUGAUUGGGUUUUAGCUGAAAUCAUUGCUACUCUUUCCAAUCUCAGCGUGCAGAAUCUGGAGCAAUUGGCGCAGCUGGUGGCCAAGCGUAUCAGUGGUGAGCAGUUUGAAGAAGCUGCUAUCAAAUCUCUCACAGCCUCAGCUACAAAUGAUGGCAAGACAGCUGUUGCCUGCGUUCACUAUAUGCUCACCAAUGCAGCACGUUAUAGCUGCUCCGAGGCUAUCUUUGGUGAGGAAAUCCAGCAGCUAGGCCUGCCAAAGGAUCAUGCAGCUGCCAUGUGUAGUGUGCUGCAUGAACAUGCCGCCAGUAUACGCCAAAAACUUAUUGAUAAGACCUUUAAAAUUAAUGAACUACAAAGUGUACGUAAUAUAACCUCGCAGGGGGAUACUCCUCCAAAUUGUGCAACCUUGGAACUAAAAAUCUCGCAGGAGUUGGUAGAUGGUUUACCAAAGGAUACCACACAUAUUGUUAAUAUUGAAAGUGCUCAGCUGGGUGCUUUGCUGGAUGAAAUGAAGAUGGCGCGUGAUAUUAUGCUUAAAUAUGAAAAUAAAAAUAAUACAUAGUGAUAAAGUAAUGCAGAGAGCAUUGGAUGUUGGAAAGUUGGAGUUUGGAAUGUGAGUUUGUAAUUGAAAUACAUUUUUUUCUUCAUGUAGUUAA